GAUCGAGUGAACUAACGUCAGGUUUGUGGCUAACGUCUUGAACAUAAACUCAUAACCUAAAAUAUGUCACGGAAAAACGUUUAGUUUUUAAAAUAUACUAUUCGGAGCGGCAAUUUUAACGUACCUGGGCGCGUGACGGGUGUUUUAAAGGAUUUACAAACGGUUAUAACAUUAAAAAAUUAACUUUUUCUCGGUGAUCGUUGUUAAAACUUGUGUGCGAAGCUCAUUGAGAUUUGUCAACCUCUUGUCAAAAUGAUGUUUAUGAUAUGAAUAAGGAAGGAGUAAUUCUUAGAUGAACGAGUUUUAUUUGGGUAUUUACGUAAAAUAGAUUACAAAUACGGUACGUGAUGCCGUCAGCCCGACUAACCCUCCGUGAGGAGGACGUCGUGCGACUGGCCCUUGAAUUUUUACAUAAUCGUGAAUUACACAUAACUCAAUUGAGUUUAGAAAGAGAAACGGGUGUAAUAAACGGAGCUUAUUCGGAUGACGUUCUUUUUCUUCGGCAAUUAAUUUUGGAUGGUCAAUGGGAUGAUGUCUUGGAGUUUAUCCAGCCGUUGGAAGCGUUGCCAACUUUCGAUAUGAAAAAGUUUAACUACGUAAUACUUAAGCAUAAAUACAUAGAAUUAUUAUGUAUAAAAUCGGAGGCGAAUACUCAAGGAAGUAGUGUAGAUAAUGCCGUUGAGGAGGUGGUUAACGUUUUAAGCGAAUUGGAGAAAUAUUCGCCGUCGAAAGAUGAAUAUUCAACGAUGUGCUUGCUGUUGACGUUGCCACGAUUGACGGAUCAUUUUAGUUAUAAGGAUUGGAACCCCAGUAACGCGAGGGUGCAGUGUUUUAGGGAAGUUUAUCCACUCGUGUCGGAGUUUUUACCCGGUGAUAAAAAAGCGGACCCAAUGGUGAAUACUUGGGCGAAAAACGAUCGAUUAAUACAAUUAAUUAUCAAAGGGAUUUUAUACGAAUCUUGUGUAAAUUACUGCCAAGCAAAAGCAACGGGUACGAAAGAGGCUCAAUCUCAAGAAAUGAAUUUUUCCAGAUUACUCGAUGGAAGCGUUGGUUUCAGCGAUUCAGAUUUAAGUUUAUUAUCGUGGUUACAAAGUAUACCCCACGAUACUUUUUCGGUACCAUUCGAACAAAGAACUUUAAACGUAGAAUUAGAGAAACUCGAAAGGCCUUCGUUGGAGACUUCUUGGACGGAACAUAUGCUCAUCACACCGAUUAAACCAAAAACGUUUCCACAUUCGGCGAUGCCAUUUACCAGACCACGAUCAGCAGCCGAUAUUAUGUCUAGAUCUUUAAUGCCAGCCCUCGAUGGUCUUCCAUUCGGUCUCGCACACGGAGCAAGAAGUGCCCAAAACGGUAAUCCACGUGUUAUGGCACUCAGCACAGGUGAUAUUCUCGCAAACGGUCCAAUGUCGAGGUCGAGUUUUGCCAGCUUCCAUUUAACAGGAAUAAAAAAUAGUAAACUUAUGAAUACAUCAGUUGAUAGACUCUUCGAAAACGACGGUGACGUAUUUUUAAGUAAUAGUUACGCGGACUUUCAACAACUCCCCUCGAUACAAGAAGCUAGCACUCCAAAAUCAACACCCGUACCACCAUCUUCAGGACCUCGAUCGAAAAGUCCUGUUGAUAAAAAAUCAUCAGCUUCAACGCCGGAACACAGAGGAAGGGAAUCGCCCGCUUCUGUUAGUACAGCGAGAUCAUCGCGGAGAGACUCUUUGAAUGAAAAGACUAUGAAUAGUGUAGUGCCCCAAUUGAACGCUGUGCUUUCGGGGCCCGCCCCAGGUUCCCCUGCUUUAGAACACAGCUUUACAGGCGAACUUUUAAAGGAGUUCCAGAGACAAAAACAGAAAUUACAAGAAACGUUAGCUUUAAGAGAAAAGGAACGCGAAGAAUUACUUAGGCAAUUUGGACAAGAUAAUAAAGUUUUAGAUGACGGAAAACAAACUACCCAAAGAGCUUUGAAUGGAGCCCCAUUAAAUAGAAAUGCCCCAUCACCGAGACCGAAUGUGAAUGGGUCUGGUGUUCAUGACGUUUUUAGGGGGCCUUUACGACAAGAAAUCGACCAAAGGCAUCACGAGCAUUACGAUACGGUAAAGCCUGCUACAAGGAAAGAUUUAGAUCCAACGGAUUCUACAAAUUCUGCAAGACCUCGAUUUGUUGCUGUUACUGCUUUGGAAGAUGUCCAAGCUGUUAGAUGUGCGGAAUUUCAUCCGGGUGGACAGUUGUAUGCUGUUGGAUCGAAUUCGAAAACUUUACGGAUUUGUUCUUAUCCAAAACUUAGUGACCUCAGGGAAGAUCAUCAAACUUAUCAACCAAUGGUACUUUUCAAACGAACAAAACACCAUAAAGGCUCAAUUUAUUGUCUUGCUUGGUCCCCAAUCGGUGACUUAAUGGCAACGGGUUCCAACGAUAAAACCGUAAAAUUAAUGCGUUUCAACGCGGACACCUCAAACUUAGAAGGCGAAGAAGUUGAAUUAACAAUGCACGACGGAACAAUUCGCGAUGUAUGUUUCUUGGAAGACACCACAAAUAAAUCAAGCCUUUUAAUUUCUGGCGGCGCAGGUGACUGUAAAAUUUACGUAACCGAUUGUACGACUGGAACACCUUUUCAAGCGCUCAGCGGACACACUGGCCACAUUUUGUCUUUAUACACAUGGGGCGGUGCUAUGUUUGUGAGUGGUUCUCACGAUAAGACCGUACGAUUUUGGGAUUUGAGGACAAGAGGCUGCGUAAAUAUGGUCACGCCGAUUACGGUACCGGGAACUAGACAAGGUUCGCCCGUGGCUAGUUUAUGCGUGGAUCCUUCCGGGAGACUUUUGGUAUCUGGACAUGAAGAUAGUUCUUGUGUUUUGUAUGAUAUAAGAGGAGGAAGAAAUAUUCAAUGUUUUAAACCGCAUUCAGCUGAUACAAGAUCAAUUCGAUUUUCACCUUCAGCUUAUUAUUUAUUAACAGGAGGUUAUGAUAAUAAAUUGGUUCUUACAGAUCUUCAAGGUGAUUUGACUUUACCUUUACCUAGUGUAGUGGUAGCACAACAUCAAGAUAAAGUAAUUUCCGGACGUUGGCAUCCGACAGAAUUUUCAUUUUUAUCAACGUCUGCUGAUAAAACGGCAACGUUAUGGGCGUUGCCGCCGAUUUAAUAUUAUCUAUUUUAAUCAAAUCGAUUUUGUUGUUUGGUUUUUAAAUGUAACUAUGUAAGUCUGAACAAAACGAAAGAAAAAAAUAUGAAAUGAUUCACAUAUAUAAGAGAUCUUUUUUUUUUUAGUUGAGUUUUAGUUGUGAAAAAUCAUCAGCACAAAAUGUAUUCAUAUUAAUAUAUUAUUAAAAAAAAUAAUAUUUAAUAGUAACGAUUAAAAAUAUUGUUAGUAAUAUGUACUAUGAGAAUAUUAUUUACUAGCUUUGUCUGUUUUUUUUUUUUCUAAUAGGGGAAAUUUUGUAAUUAUUUGUUUAUUGUUAUUUAUUUACUUUUUUAUUGGUGCUACAUUCAUUUUAAAGAUAACCUCGUUUUUUUACCUUUUUAAUAUAAAAAGAUGUUUAUGUAAAGCUUAUUGUUAGAAAGUUAGAAUGAAAAAAAGAAAGCUUUCAAUGUACUCUUUUUUUGUAGUAGAAAAAUGAGUAUUUUCAUAUUUACAUAUUGUAUAUACAUAAAUAGAUGAUUUAUCAUUAAAAAAAACAGCUGUAUAAUAAUUAUAUACGUACGAUUAAUAAUUAUUAUUAAUUAGUGAUAUUGUAACCCAAUCUUUCUGACCCAACUUUUUUUUUCAUUUUAGAUACGUAAUAAAUCUUUUUUAAAAACUUUUACUACAUUGACCAUUUAUUGAUCGUAACGGAAAUUUGUUACUCAUAUAAUAUGUAUUAUUAUUAUUAUUGUCGCUUAAUAAAGCCUUCUUUACAAAAAAAA